AUGGCAUUUGAGAUCUAUAUCCCCGAGGCUCUCACCUUCCAAGACUACAUCAACGUCACGCAAUGCGCCAGGACCCUUUCUGAUGGAUAUGACCGAAAGGACAAAGAGAGACUCCAAGCUUGCCUUGCACCAUCUAUUUCGGUCAACUACUCUAGUAUAAAUCCGGCAUGGGGUGUUCAGUCUUUCACGCGAGAGGAUUUUGUCACAGAAUGGCUCGGUCCACAAAAGCUUGGUGUCAAGGCUCUCGGAACGCAGCAUCUACUAGGUGCCCCGUACUUCAGAUCUGUCACAACGGAGGAGAUUGUGGUCGAGUGGCAGCAGCUGGCAAGUCAUGGAAGGAAAGUCCAAAGUGAAGAUUUUGCAAGCCCGGCUUGCAGAAUUGGAGAGGAGAGCGAUGGACGAAGCUACAUGCUGCAGACCUUUUUAAAGAUUGAGGGCAAAUGGAGGAUAAAGGAAAUUAAGCCCGAGUUAAUUUAUAGCACAGGAGACUGGAAGGCAGUUGGAAGGCCAGAUGAAGAUGAGAAAGCUUGA